CAGGCAGCACCUCUCCUCCUGCAAGAGCCAUGGACCUCAAGGUGCUCUGUGCACUCUCCAUCACCCUCAUCAUAGCCCUCAGCACCCUGGCAGAGGGAAUUGCACCUCCAACAAAAUGCCAGUGUAAAGUGAUUCCCAAGGAGAGGACAAACUGUGGCUACCCAGGGAUCUCAGCAGCAGAGUGCAAGAAAAUUGGGUGCUGCUUCAACGCCUCAGUCCCCAGCGUCCCCUGGUGCUACAAUCCUAAGCCAAAGAAAGUGAAGAAAGUGUGUCCCAACGAUCCCUACACCAGGAUAAACUGUGGCUACCCUGGCAUCAAGCCCAGGGAGUGCACAAGGAAGGGCUGCUGCUUCAGGGCACACCCCGCCGGUGUCCCCUGGUGCUUCUACCACCGUGUCGUGGAGGAAGCUUGUUAAAGGAGAAACUUCCACCGAGAACUUGGCAACCUUUGGAUCUACUCCAGUGGAACGACAGGCGGAGGUCCCAACUCAGACUUUACAUUUUGCAACAGCCAUGAUUUCCAGGCUGUUCCUUAUCUGGGAUUGACUCCUUUCUGAUGAAAAGUUACUGGUAGCUUUUAUUCUCUCUGUAGGCUAGCACU